AUGCGAGAACGGCUUGGAGUGGGGGAAGAGAGGGAAGGCGGACGGCUUUACGUCGCUACACCCGACGCCGCUACACCCGACCCAAAGUUCCCUCCUUCUCUGCACCUGGGGGAGCACGCCCGACUGCGCCGACUUCUUUGCUCCCUGAGGUCUGAGAGUGGGGAAGAAGAAAAGGCAGAAGAAAAGGAAGCCGUCGACAGGACGGGUGAGAUUGCAAUGCCCACAGCUGGAUCUCUCCCCGAGUCGACGCUGAACAUCCGAAUCUCUGAUUAA